UGUGAGGGUUUACUAGGUCAAACUCGAUAUCAAAAUGGUGUCACUCAAAAUACACUUAUUAGCGACGAUUAUGUUAAUAUCUAAGGCUUACUGUCAAGUGGCCACCAGCGGGGGAAGCCCACAACGAUACGGAUCGGCGACGCCCACCAUCGUCCCCGGCGGCCAGUUCAUCGUGCCCGCCAUCAUCAAACCUCUCCUACCUUCGUGCCAAAAGGCCGCGCCCGCGCAACCUGCGUCCGGCGCGCCUAACAAACAAACGCCGGCCGCCUUUAGCGCGUCCGUGCCCUUUGUCGACGAUGACGAUGACAGUGAACUGGACAAACUCCUAUACCUCCUCAUCAGUAACAUAAUCGAGAGCAAAAAAGGCUCAGGAAAGAAGCAGAGCAACCCCAGUAGCAUUUUUGAUAGCAGCGCAUCCCCGAGCGACGGCUACGACGUCUGUGCAAGCAGCUACGCCGAUGACUAUGACUACUGCUCGUACUCCCCCUCCGUGGCCUACAGCUCGGGUAGCAACAGCGGGGGAAGCGAUGGUUCUUGUCCCGAGAUAUGUGUCUUUGUCAGACCGGCUGAUUGUUAAUAAGUUUAGAGUGGUAGAAACUACAUACAUACAUUACAUUUUAUAAAUAAUCGA